AUGAAGGUCCUUCUUGUUCUCUACGACGCCGGCUCCCACGCCAAGGAUGAGCCCAAGCUACUUGGAUGCACUGAAAACGAGCUCGGUAUCCGAGACUGGCUCGAGUCCCAGGGCCAUACCCUGGUAACUACCUCUUCUAAGGAUGGCGCCGACUCCGUUCUCGACAAGGAGAUUGUUGAUGCCGAUGUUGUCAUCACUACCCCCUUCCAUCCCGGUUACAUCAACAAGGAGAGAAUUGACAAGGCCAAGAAGCUCAAGAUCUGUAUCACUGCCGGUGUUGGUUCUGACCAUGUCGAUCUAGAUGCCGCCAACGCCCGAGACAUUGCUGUCCUUGAAGUCACUGGCUCCAACGUUCAGUCGGUCGCUGAGCAUGUUGUCAUGACCAUGCUUGUUCUGGUCAGAAACUUCGUCCCUGCUCAUGAGCAGAUCAUUUCUGGUGGCUGGGACGUUGCCGCUGUCGCCAAGGACUCUUACGACCUAGAGGGUAAGGUCAUUGGUACAGUUGGAGGUGGGCGAAUCGGUCAGCGAGUCCUCAAGCGAUGCAAGCCCUUCGACCCCAUGGAGAUGCUCUACUACGACUACCAGCCCAUGCCCGCUGAUGUCGAGAAGGAGAUUGGCUGUCGACGAGUGGAGUCUCUCGAGGAGAUGCUCUCUCUCUGUGACGUUGUCACCAUCAACUGUCCUCUGCACGCCUCCACCAAGGGCCUCUUCAACAAGAAGCUCAUCUCCCACAUGAAGGAUGGCGCCUGGCUCGUCAACACCGCUCGAGGAGCUAUUUGUGUCACUGAGGACAUUGUUGAGGCUCUCGAGUCCGGAAAGAUUCGAGGCUACGGUGGUGAUGUCUGGUUCCCUCAGCCCGCCCCAAAGGACCACCCCUGGAGAACAAUGCGAAACAAGUACGGUGGAGGAAACGCCAUGACCCCUCAUAUCUCUGGUACUUCUAUUGAUGCCCAAGGCCGAUACGCUGAGGGCACCAAGAAAAUCCUUGAGGUCUUCUUCUCAGGAAAGCAAGACUACCGACCCCAGGAUAUCAUCUGUAUCAACGGUCACUACGGUACCAAGGCUUACGGUGACGACAAGGAGCACAAGGAGCACAAGGAGCACGAGGUCAAAUAA